AUGUCAGUAACACCCAAAUUCGCCGCUCAGGUGGUACAGGCUGUUGGCAAUAGUCAACAAGCCGCAUUCCGAUCACCAAACACGAUUGAACUAUACCUGGAUUAUGUUUGUCCAUUCAGUGCAAAAAUGUGGACGACAUUGAAUGAAGGAGAAAUAUUCAAAAAGGUAAAAGAUGAUCAAAAGUAUGCUGGAAAAGUUCGUUUCGUUCUACCUGCUGCUGCUGUUAUGCAAGUUCAACCGAACAAGUAUUUCGAUUUUAGUACCCUUCUUUUCAACCGACAAAAAGAGUACUUUGACGUGAACGUGGUCAAUGAAACACGUAAUCAAACAUACAAACGUUUAUCCGAUUUAGCAGGAGAAGUUGGCGUUGACGGUAAACGAAUGUAUGACCUACUGCACAUCUCUGAUAAACCGGCAAACGAUGGAUCUUUGAAUACAGGAAAUGGCGUAACGAAUGAUAUCAAAUAUAUGGUGAAAACGAACAGACUCACUGGAGUUCAUGUUACUCCAACUGUGUUGUUCAAUGGCGCAAUCGAAGGAAGCAUCUCUUCAAGUUUCACUUCCGAUCAAUGGAUCGAAUGGCUUGAUAAGAAUUUAGUAGAAGAGCAUCUUUAG